UUUUGCUCGGCUUCGUCGCGCGUUCGGUCUGCAAGCCGGGUCGCGGAGCAGCGGAGGCCGUCCAGCGUUCCGCAAUGAUGCGAUGGCAAUCCGUCGCGGAUACCGUUGCUGGACUGACGCAGCUGGCAGCAGCGACGGCAGCAGCAGCGCUUCACCACCGGGCAAGCCGUGACCAUCACGUGUGUUUGGCGGAUCGUCGGCACGACAGCGUGACGUAAGGAGGCGGCCGUCCUUCCUCCUCGCUCGGCGGCUUCCGCUCUCCCCUCGCCUAGCCUCGGCCGCAGUACGCCGAUGUGUUGGAUGCGUCUGCUAGCGCCGAGACGGCUGAGAUCGUGCAGGCAGUGCGGCGGCUGGCUCGACCGCUCCUCCAUCGGGACUAUGGGUGACCCGUUGAAAGUGUGUCGCCGACAUCGGCUCGACCAGCGUGCACGCCCAGCGUCGUGUCGCGACAUUGCCAGGUGCUUUGAAUGGGGAAGCUCGUCCAGCGCCCGGCUGCGAGAGUAAGCGUGUGGCGCAUGCGUGCGGCGCGCCACAACAUGGCGGCUGACAGGGUAAGGGCGUCGGGUUGUGCGGGGCUGGUUCGAGUCGGAUUUUACGAACUGGAAAAGACGAUCGGCAAAGGAAACUUCGCAGUGGUACGACUAGCCAACCAUGUCAUCACCAAAACGAAGGUAGCCAUAAAGAUUAUAGACAAGACACAUCUAGAUGAGGAGAACCUAAAGAAGAUAUUCAGAGAGGUCCAAAUCAUGAAGCUUUUACAUCAUCCCCAUAUCAUUAGGCUAUAUCAGGUAAUGGAAACGGAGAAAAUGAUAUAUUUAGUCACAGAAUAUGCGGACAAAGGUGAAAUAUUUGACUACUUGGUGGCCACUGGUCCCAUGCCGGAGGACAUAGCCCGGCGGAAGUUCAAGCAAAUAGUGAGCGCUGUCCAUUACUGCCAUGAGAGGCACGUGGUACACAGAGACCUGAAAGCUGAGAAUCUUCUGCUUGACAGUGAGAUGAACAUCAAGAUAGCAGACUUUGGCUUCAGCAAUCACUUCGAACCUGGUAAGAAGCUGUCAACAUGGUGUGGCAGCCCCCCCUAUGCAGCCCCCGAGCUUUUUGAGGGAAAACAGUAUGAUGGGCCCAAGGCUGACAUCUGGAGCAUGGGAGUGGUCCUGUAUGUUCUUGUGUGUGGGGCCCUUCCCUUCGACGGCAAAACGUUGCAAAGUCUACGGACAAGCGUUCUCUCAGGAAAAUUUAGGGUACCUUACUUCAUGACAACAGAGUGUGAGCAGCUGAUCCGCCAGAUGUUGGUGGUGGACCCCGACAAGCGAUGGUCCAUUCGGCAGGUAGUGCAUCAUCGAUGGAUGCGCAUGGGCACCCCGUACCCCGAAUUCGACCGCCUCAUGGAAAUGCCAGCAGCCACACCAACCACCCACGAAAACCUUGACCCCGUAGUUGUGCAGCACAUGCUUCAGCUGCCGAAUGUCACGCAGGAACAGAUCGAACAGUCUGUGCUGGAGAAGAGGUUUGACCACUACAGCGCCAUCUAUCACCUGCUUUAUGACAAGCUGCAGAACCAGCAGAAGCUUGCUCUUUUGCCUCAGAACCUGCCACUCACUGCACAACCGCAAAGAAAGUCGAGCAUCACUACAGGCAUUGUUGAAAAGAAUCCGCAGCCAGUUGAAACUGAUGCGGAGCCGCAGCAGCAGCCACAACCAAACCUGGUGCCAAGUCCCGUGCUGACCGUCAGCCCCAUGCCGGAACUGCAGCCCAUGCUGAGUGGCGACCAGUCACUAGAGAAGUUUGGGGAGAUCGAAUUGGAGUCCGACAGCGAGGAGCUAUGGCCUGACCACCAGCAGCCGGCGGUGGUCCGGCGGCACACUGUGGGGCCCGGGGAUCCCCCCGAGGGAGAGUGCCCCCCUCCACCCCCCGUGGGGGCCAUGCCCGUCAGUGCCCUGCCCCACACCAACCUGCCCCAGAACCUGCCCCGUGUACAGCACCACCCGCCACACAACUUCUCUGUCAAGGACCAGCACCUGCUCAAGCCGCCACCCGCCAUGGGAGCGUUUGUGGGCUUUGGCCGGCGUGCCUCGGAUGGUGGUGCCAACAUCCAAAUGUUCUUCCAACGUCAUUUGUGUCAAGGCCAGUAUGGCCACCCUUCAAGCAAGGAGCUGCUCUCACCUAAACUGUCUACUGUGAGUCCUGCCGUACCACAGGCCCUUCAUCCACUAUCUGCACUUGGUGACGAAGGCAAGGAGCUGGAAGAGCAGAUGGACAGCAAUGCCAUCUCGAGGUAUCUUCAGGCACGUGGCCACGGCAAGAGGCAUACGGUUGCCAUGGGCAAUGCAGAGGAAGUGCAGGAUGCUCAGUGGAAGCCUCGGCAGCGAAGGUCUGGGCUGUUGACCGUCAUGGAAAAGCAGCCAGUGCCAAGGAGAGCAAGUGAUGGCUGCCCCUCAGUCAGUCCCCACCGGACACAGCUUGAGAGGAUCUACAAUCAAACUGUUGGUGACCCCAAGUGCAUAAUCAAGGCCCUUCAGCAGGAGUGUCAGCAGCUGCAGAGGCAUUGCUGUCCAAUGGAUGCCCAGCAGCAAGCUGAAAUACAGCGGCGACAUUCGCUGCACGUCCAGCAGAUGGCACAUCUGCAGCCGUCCUUGAUGGCUUCUUCAGUUUCAUCGCCACCUUCUAUUGCUGGCUCACCCAUACACCAGAGUCCAUCGCACGGGGCUGGGCCUCCGAGCCCCGCUGCCACACUGUCGCAGCACUUGCAGCGGCUUCACCUGCAGCGUCAGGGAAGCCCUGUUGGCUUCUGCCCCGAUCCAUAUUCUCCCGAUCCACUGGGUCCCGGCGGAUCACCUCCAUUAGACACCGGGGGCACGUCUCCGGGUGCAUCACCGCCGUACCCUUGCGGCGGUACGUCCCCGCAAAGUGCAGCCGGGGCUUCGCCGCCCCCUUUCUCGGACGCUGCCCACCCCCGACUACAGAGCCUCGUGGCCCAGCAGCUGGCGCGGAACAGCCCGCCACCAGUGUUUCCCAACCUGGGCAUGAUACGCGAGGACGCCACCGAAAAUGGCGGCAUCGGUGGCGGCCCUCUCCGGGUGCCCGGCCUGCGGCCCGAGAUCGUAGUCAGCCCCGCCGUGUUCGAGCCAUUUCCGGGCGUCGGCCGAGGUUUCCCGCCGCACAUCAGCGUGACUGACGAGCUAGGCAAGGAGGUUUUGACGUCGUCCUCGUCGUCCACCACAUCUCCCUCGUCGUGCUCGUCCGCGACGGCCUACUCGGAGGCCUCGCUGCUGCCCCUCGACUUGGCUUACUCGCCCGUGCGUUGGCAGGCGACGCCCCUGGACGAAGUGCCCGCGGCGGCCUGGGCGCUCCCGCCCUCGCCUCUGCAUGCGUGUUGCGGCGAAGCCCCGCUUCAGAAAAGCCCCAGCGGGUCACUUUGCCUCUUGCUCGGCCGGGGCAUCUCGCCUUGUCGGGGCACGGGUGGCGACCUGCUGCUAGACAUCCAGCGGCGCUUAGACGCGCACGCACCCGAGCUCCCGCUAGUUCUACAACCGUCGGAGCGCGGGCUGGCACUCAAGCACCCGGCAGCCGGUGUUCAGAUUGAGCUGGAACUCUGCGAUGGGCCGCACCCUGACGAGUGCGGCCUUAAGAUGCGCCGCAUUUCGGGCGACAGUCUUCAGUACAGCGAGCUGUGCCAGCGGCUCGUGGCGUGCAUGAACAUGUGAUCUCGGGACAGCCCGCCGCCAGUGUAGCGGCGCUGCCAGUGCCUCUGUGCGUGUCUGUGCUUGUCCGUGCCUGCCCUCUGUUCCAGUGGUUGCGCCAGCACCAAACUUUUCGAGACUGGGUGCUGGCCGCUUGGCUUGACCAGAUGGGUCUGCCCUUUGUCGCGUCCUCUCUGGCCAACCUUUUUCUUCCAUGGCCACCCUUUGGGAUCACUGUUUCAGUCUGAAAGGCUUCUUUUUGACAGUACCGAACCAGCCUAUCGAAAUGGCCCCUUACCUGAAGAUUGCAAUGUGAUGUCAGAAGGAUGCCGAAUAACCUUUUCCGUGUUUUCAUUUUGUAUGUGUGUGCUCAGGGGUAUGUAUGUGUGUGUGUGUAAAUGUGAAUGCAAAAUGAAGCCUGUUGGUGUGGAUUAGCUUGAGUUUUGUUGUUUUAGUGUCAGUUGAAAUGACUAGCAAUGAGGACAAAGCCGCAAUUUCUGUAGGGCAUACAUUUUUAUUUGUUUUGCUAAAAUAACCAGACGGUCGGGAUCACGUGAACACAUGGCCCUUAGGGUAGUGUGGAAAUAACCAUGUGGCAUUCAACGGAUGUUUCUUCAUUGCAUUCAUGAAUUCUUUUCCGCUGUAUAGUUUCUUUUUCUUUAUGUGAUAUGGUACAAGGCAGUGUGAGAAAGCCCACUAGAGCAGUAAAUGAAGAGAAGAAAUGUAAGUUUGAUCCGAGCCAUACUAGCAAAGGGCAUAUGCAAUACAACAACCCUCACUGUAGCAAAUAGUGUAAAUGUAUGGGUAAGUGAAAGCUACAGUAUGACUGUUUAUAAACUUUCCUGAAAUGAUACGAUUAAUAUUGACAGUCGCAGAGCAACAGACUUGAGGACAUAUGCCAAAACUGAUGAAAGCCUGUGUUCAAACUUUGUGUUCACGCUUUCUUCAGCGACCUUUAGCUGCCAGAAUUUAUGAGCAAGCGCAGCUCCUUUGAAGGAGCCCUUGAUAACGCUUUAAAAUCUGCUGGGUUGGUUAUGCUUUGUCAUUGCUUUUUUGCAAGCUUUUUCUAUUUGUGCCUUGUUACCCAGUGCUGAGACCAAACCUUUCUGCAAUGUUGCCACAUGGUAUAGGAAUCAUAAUAUAAGCAUGGAACCUGCAUAACGCCAAGAAAGAAAGUGAGUUAAUUUGGGCUAUAAAUUGUGGAUGAGGAGGUCGAAAAAUAUUGCGAAAAAUAUUGAUAUACAUUCUGCCACGAACAAAGCCAAUUUCUUAAAUACCAUAAAGCAAUCCCUUGAGGGUGAAAUUCAAAUAUUAAUGGCCCGUGUCAGUGAGGACUCACUCUGGACUGCUUGUAUGACUACAUUGUCAUUGUUUUUCUAAAAUGUGUUGUUAUAUGUUUUUCCAUCCAGAGAAGAAUGUCUUUGGGGCAAUCUAAGGAUCUUUCAUUGACCUAGACAAUAUGUCUAAGUGGGUAACUUGCGUGGGAAUCGGCAUCAACAGUUGCUUAUUGUCUAAACUCAGUUUUAUGAGUGGUAUACAUAUAUGUGAUUGUUAGUAAGUGGGAAGGUUACAUCUUAUUAACCUACAUGAGAGGAGUUUUUAAGUUCACACAGCAUAUUGAGAAAAAAAAAAUUGUGGCUGAAUGAAAAAAACUCAAGAACAAUGAUAGGACAAGUGUAUAGGCUCUCUAAACUUUUAUUUGCAAAAUGAUGCAUUCAACAUUUGGCAGAAGAGGCUCAUGUGUGAGACACAAGAUCAAAGGCAAGCAAAAUGAUCACUAAAUCUGUACAAAAAUGGACAGUAAAUGAUAUACCAUUGGAUAACUACUUGUGGUGUGCUGAUACACACAGGCCCCAUCUUUCUGAGCAGCACCUGCCUCUUUUGGAAUCUGUGCAGCACCAUCAGAAUCGGCUUUCAAAGCAUUUCUUGUUUUAACUUGAGCUUUAAGAAAGUGCAAGCUAUCUUCUUCACGCAUGCACGAGCACCUACAAAUGUCAUGUCUGUGGGAUUUUGACGAACGUUACAGUCCGUGAGUCGGCACAUGCGUGGAUGUUAUGUUGCACUAAAGAAUAUCUGAUGUCUCUUAGUAUCCUGGUGCAACAUUGAACUCCUAAGUUGAAAAACCUGUGUGUGAUAUAUUGUUUCAAGUUCCUGCAAAAUUCACCUUUGCAAUGUGUAUGGUUUUCAAUUGAAGUGACAAGAUUGUGAUUACCAUCUUCUGGCACUUACAGCAUUGAAUAAUUGAAUUGUUAUCUAUCAUCUGCACUCCUUUUCGAUGGUCUGCUUGCCUACAUAAGGUGACAUAUGCUGUUUCUGAGUGCUUAUUCGGCAAUAGCAUUGCUAUGUAAAGAGAAAUUUCAAAAUUUUUUGGCAGCUUACAAACAGUAGUCAUCCUUUUUUAGUGUGCUGGAAACUUCUAGAGUUGGCAGUACAUUUGCUGCCAUUAGGGCAUUCAGGUGCAAACUACAACACACAGGGCAUAGAAACAUGGCACCACAGUAAAACAUUGUAAUAAAGAUUUUUGUCCUAUGUCUAGCCAGCCAUCACAAAAGCUACGAAGUGAAGAUGCAAAUGGUGCCAGCAGAUGAGGCUUACUUUGUCGAAAGACAGGGAUCGGUGUCUGUCACUGAAUCACUAAUAUAGUACUUGCUGCAAAGUGAAUACUGUUGUCUCACUUUCGGUCCAGUGAUGCUUCAUGCCGCAGGCAAAACAGUCGACCACUUAGAAUGGUACAUCACAAAGGAACUGUGAACCUGUAUGUCAGAUUCUCAGAACUUUAUUGGAAAACCAGUCUGCUUAAUUGUUUCUGUUAGUAACAGUGCCUCUCACGUUGCCAUUUAAAAUUUUUUAAUAAGAUUCACCUACAGUUGGCACCUAUGUGGGCACCAUGAUUUCACCUGGAUUGACCAAAUAUACUGAAGAGAUGCUGGGUCUGUCUCAUUUGUUGUUGUCGUUCUGAACAUGAAUGCUAUUGCCUAUUUCUUGCUUGCAUUUUUUCCCAAAGGUAAACUAACUGAGAGCAUGCAUUUGUCCUGCUGCCUUUCAUGUGCUUAUCGUGUUAGCUAUGCUAAUUUUAUACGAUGUGUGCACCAACUAGACGAACAACUGUCUGUCACACAGGUUUGUCAUGAAGCACUCGAGUUUUGCAGUAUUUGUGCAAGUGUUUUUGUUAGGUAGCACCUAUUCAGCUGUGAAGGUACCGUGUUUAGGUACGUUUAAUUUCUCGAUGUUGCUUAGUUGUGCGCAAGGCGACCACCACAAAUAAUGGAUUUAAACAGUCUGCAUACACUGUGAUCUGCUCUGCGCACUUGGUAUUUUGUGGUAUACUGUACUUAGAAGUGUGCUGCACUAGGAAUACCUGAUUGAGACUGGAAGCCAACUGUUCUUUUUUUUUUAAUACUUUUUACCUCAACUAACGUGUACAGCCUCGUAGAAGCAGCAUGAAAUCGUUGAAUAGAGUUUGUGAAGCAAACGACUUUGAAGGACAGCCCUGCCUGAUUCCUGCUGGUACAGUAACGAUUAAUGAUCCAAAACAAAAAUAUUUGCAUUGUAUACUCUGCAUUUGUUGCAGAAUAUGUUCUCAAUCCGCUGAUAUCAGCUCAACUAAAAAGAAAACUUCAGAAGAAUUUUGUUAUAUUUCAUAUUGUCGUUAUAUCCAUGUUCACUAUGUCAAGCUUCUACUGCAUUAAUUUCUACCCAAGAGACAGCGUGCAGCUGCAUUGUAGUCACUGUAUGUUGCUGUGCGCAUAAGCUGUCAGUUUGUUGCUCUGUUCGUUUCAGGCAUACACAUUGCCAAUGCAAACCAUUCCCAGCCUCUCUGCUGCUCUUGUUGUGUAAAUAGAAAGAAGAAAAAAAAAAAGAAGAGGUGAAUGCUGCAUAGUCGCAAGGUUUGUAUAAAAAAUGGGAAGACCUUCUUGCAAGUUUCGCAGGAAGUUUGUGUACAGUUGCUACUACCUAAUGUCAUUUUCUAGAUGUACCACGCCUUUUGACCAAUCUUUCUUGUAGAAUGGCUGACUAGGGGACUCCCAUGUUGUUGGCCACUAUGUAUCUACUGACAAGAAACCGGGAGCUUUUGUUUUUUGUCUUUAACAAUCUGGGUUAUAGUCCAGCUGAAAAAUAUGAACUUUGAAACUUCCCUGUGUUUGUAACUAACUUGCAUGUGUGACAGACUUGCAGCCAACACAGACUUGAGUUUAUGGGGAACUUUAGCUCAAUACAUGGUGACAGGCAAUUUUGAGGGCUGCUGCAGCUCUGCGCCAAUGUUUUAACCAUGCAAGUUUCUGUACAGCAUUGAUAAUAGUUGAGGUAGUUACCAUGGCUCCGGCUCUUUGCACCUAAAACAUUUCAGUAUGCCACCAUGCAUUGUUGGGAGUUUUGUUCACGUUCGGAUAAAAAAAAAAUCUGCUUGGAUAAAUGCUCCAUGCUGGCCCAAUGCCAGUGUGGAUCGGGACUUCAAAGUCAUUGCAAUAAUGGGUGCCAUUAAAAGGAUCCAAUAAAAUAUUUAUUGAUAAA